UUGUAGAUCUCUUAAAGCCUGCAGUUAUUACAAAGAGCAUGUGUAAUAUGGAGCUGUUCUUAAACAUGGAUUUCACACUGAGUUCAGAAGAUAAAAUAACUGUUCAUUUCAUAAAUCGCGAUGGUGACAAGCUAACAGCCAAAGGAAAACCUGGAGAUUCAUUGUUGGAUGUUGUUGUUGAUAAUAAUCUAGACAUAGAUGGUUUUGGUGCAUGUGAAGGAACGUUAGCCUGUUCAACUUGUCAUUUAAUCUUUGAAGACCACAUAUUUGAGAAACUAGAUGCAAUUACUGAUGAAGAGAUGGACAUGCUAGACCUGGCAUAUGGUCUCACAGAAACAUCACGUUUAGGCUGCCAGAUCUGCUUGAAGAAGUCAAUGGAUAAUAUGACUGUUCGAGUACCAGAAGCUGUUGCUGAUGCUAGACAAUCAGUAGAUUUGAGUAAAAACUCCUAAAAGAAAGUAUCAUAGGAGUUUUAAAGAAGCUUGAUUAUUUUUAUAACUUAUUUUUAAAUGUGUAAUUAAAUAUGGAAACUUACAUAAUUGUGAGUUAUUUUAUAUGACUAUCAGUACUAGAUUAAUGCUAUUUUAAUUUUUCUUUAUAGAACCUCCUAUAUUUUUAUGCUUCAGAUGCAAUAAUACUUCUAACUGAUCAUUGGACUAUAAGUGCUAACAAGUGUAUUACGGAUUUCAUACAGUUUUACUCUGCCAAAACCUUUGAUGAUGACUGAAAACUGAAUCACUUCUAGAAGAUUUGCAAAAUCCCUGGGCAUUGCUAGGUGUCAGGCCUAGCAAUCUGUUAGCAGGACUUGUGAGGCUGCAGGUCUUUUUCAAGUGUUGCUUUCAAAGAUAUAUGCUCAGAACCAGUUCGCUUUCUCAGUAAGUAUGAUAUUUCCUUUGCAAAUAGUGGAUUUUCAGGGUAGUUGUUUUCCUGAAAACUUCCUAUUUAUGAAACUUACUAGAGAUGUGGCAAAUCCCAUCUCACAAAAAUACUGUUAAAACCAUAAAAACAAGGGGCCAGUGCAGAACGUGGGCACACGCAGCUUGGUUUUCGCAGUACACCGCAACUAUGGAGAUUGACGUGGCUUCAAGGAAAGGCUUGGAGCUGUACAACAGGAAGUAAAUGCAAACUCUUGCCAUUUUCUGAAGUUGGAUCGCUGAAUUGAGAUUGAAAAGAUUGUGUCCCUGUUAGAAAAGAAAUAUUUUCUAGAGCUGUAUUGGAAAAAACGGAUCCAGUUUGGGGUCCUUGAUUUCCUCUCUCAGCAGGUAUUCCUUUGUUUUGUGAUGCUCACUUUGGACUUCCACUUAAAGCAAGGUAUGCUUGAUGUUAAAGAUUGCUCAGAGAACAUUUGGAAAUUUGUUUUGUAUCUCAUCUAAUUAGAAGUACAACUUCAGAGUUGAAAUUUCCUGUUUUUUUGUGAGAGCUGGAGAGAACGUGGUUGGUUGAAGAAGUGUUCUGAAGAUACUGCUGUCUUCCUUUGUAACUGCUACGAGCAGCUGUAAUUCAGAGGUUGCCCUUCCACAAUCACACAAACUCACUGUUUGUAUUGCCUUUAUCACAGUUUCAUUUGUACGCUGCAGUUCUUAUUAAAUAUCAAACUUUUAUAAUUUCUACAUGAGACACAGCUCCUUAGCUUCCAAGAAUGAGAACUCGGAUCAUAACCAGAUGUGCUGUGUGGAAUUCCAUGAGGAAGAAUCUGAUUUUCAGUAGCGAUGUGCCAUUUCAGGGUGGAAUGUGUUUGAUUGUGGGGCUCUCUGUGUUACUGCAGCACCAGGCACUUCUCCUGGAGGGAAUCCUGAAGUGCUUAACACUGUCCUGAACAAGUGUGAAAAGGCUAUUGUCCAAGUUUUCCUUAAAACACAACACAACAGAACAACCUUGGUUUACAUGUGCUACUUCUUGUUACAAAGAGUUUGUCUCCUAUUACUGUGCCAAUGGAAGGAACAGCAGGACAAGACAAAAAAAAAAUACAAAAAAAAAAAAACAUUCAAAGCUUCUUUUGAGUUCUGGAAGUGUUCCAUGGUUCGUAUAAACAGAAAUCUCAGAAGACAAAAGAAUGGGUUUGCAAUCCCCAACGCACAUCUCAGAUAUUCUUGUUUCCUUUUUGUCAAAGUGAUUUGAAAUAAAUCUUAUUUUAUACCA